GUUCAUUCUUUCUCUUGGAGCAGCAAUGAGCAUGCAUCCACCGUCAUGCAGUCAGACGCCUGGUUAAAGUACAGUUUACUGAAGCAAGAAGUUUUCAACCCAAGUUCCUUGAUUUCUGCAUCUGCUGGAAAGAAUGGACACCAUCAUGUAAUUAGACUCGAGCUUUAGAGGUGGAUUGUAGAAUACUGAAUGGUCCGAGUUUUGGCACAUAUGGAGUUGUGAAUUAUUUGUAAAGAAAUCUGCCAUGCCGUUUGAGGAAUUCAUUGCAGGAUGGAUUUCAGGUGCUGUGGGUUUGGUUUUUGGACACCCAUUAGACACAGUAAAGGUGCGACUUCAGACCCAAUCUGUGUAUAGUGGGAUAUUAGAUUGUGUGGUCAAGACCUAUACACAUGAAGGGUUCCAUGGAUUUUUUAAGGGCAUGGCAUUUCCUGUCCUCACUAUUGCCCUUAGCAACUCUGUGGCCUUUGGGUCCUACAGCAAUGCUUUGAAUUAUCUCACCCAAUCCCAUCGCAGUAACUCUGACCAAACCAACAGGUCACCACUCCCAGCGGUCUUCAUGGCUGGCUGCUUUUCAGGUCUUUCACAAGUGUUUGUUACAGCUCCGAUAGACCUGGUCAAGGUGCGUUUACAGAGUCAGACCAGGGGCAGGUCAGGUGGAAAUAAAUACAGAGGCCCCCGUCAUUGUGUAGCAGUUAUCUUAAGAGAAGAUGGGGUCAAAGGGCUUUUCAGAGGAAUGUGGGCUCUCGCGCUACGAGAUGUACCUUGUUACGGACUUUACUUCCUGCCGUACGAGCUCAUCUGCAGAAUGCUGACAGAGACAGGGAAGCAGACAGGUCCCUUUGCAGUGCUGAUGGCUGGUGGUGUCGCUGGUGUGGUUACAUGGGCCUGUGCCACACCCAUGGACGUGAUCAAGGCUCGACUGCAGAUGUCAGGAGCUGGUGGUCGCUUGUACAACGGAGUCCUACACUGCAUUACUGUGAGUGUACGUGAAGAGGGCAUGCGGGUGUUCUUCAAAGGCCUUCUUCUCAACAGCGUGAGAGCGUUCCCAGUGAAUGCUGUGACCUUCCUCUGCUUUGAGAUGAUAAUGAGAGCCAUGACAGAUUACUCCCAGGACUGA